AUGAGUUCAGUAAAAGCAAUUCAAUUAGAAAAACAAUUUAUAAAUAAUGUCGGAGAGUUAUUUAAAUAUUUAGAUUCUCUGACGGUACCAUCUACGGUACCAAUUGUUAAAUCUUCGAAAACCGAUAGAGAAUCAGCAAAUUUAUCAGCGGGUUCCAGUAUUUCUUCAUCACCAUCAUCACCAUCCCUCUCACAAAGUCUAUUAAAUUCCAAUUCAUUAUCUUCAAACUCUUCCAUUUUGGGAAGUCCACAACAAUCAUUGUCAUCCACACAAUCUUCAAUCAUACCACCACAUCUCAACUUUCAAAAGAAAGAGAAAUCCACCAGUAACCUUAAAGUCGAAUCACAUGCAUUCAAAAAUGCAAAAGAUAAAAAUAAUGUAUUAACAUCUGUAUUCUUUUUAUUUCAAGAACAAUUAUCACCAUGUUUUAAUGCUUUAAAUCAUAUGAGAACAGUUAAAUCAAUGUCAAUGGCAGAGAUUUUCAGAGAGAGAAUGAUAAAGACAAAGAACCUUUUGACAGAGACCAAGUUGCAACAUUACUUGUCGUUGUUGCAUUAUUAUCUGCGGAUGAUCGAUCUGCUGAAUAUCGAGAAGCAAAAGAUAUUCAUUAAUAUAUCGCAGCAGUUGGUGGGAUACAUUACGAGCUAUACGAUCGAUUGUGAUAAUUGCAUCGUUGGAUUGAUUCCAAAUGACGAUUUGCUCAACAAGUUGGCACGUGACUAUGAAUUUUUGAAAUUGGUGGAAACCAAAGAUAAGAAUAACAAUAUCGGUGAAACUCUGAUUGAGGAGAUGCAAUCCUAUCAAUCAACGUCGAUAUCUACGACACGUGAGCAACUUCUUGUAAAUAUUAUCAAUUGGAGUGCACUCACCGAUAACAUCCAACUCUCAAAGGCGGUGCGUAGAUAUGCAUCGAUCUUGAGAGGCGUCGACAAGUUGAAGCGAGGUGACAUUGUUAUCGUUCGAUUCCCAAGCGAGGUAAAGAAAAACUUUAUUGGGUUCAAAUCGACGACCUCUCUUCACAAAGAUACCAACAGCAUGAACAGCAACUCUAGCAGUGGCGGUGGAAUCAACGAUACUUCGAUCAUCUCCAAUAUUUCAUUGUCGAACGGAUCGUCGAAUGGCGGUAGCAGUGGACUGUCCGGAUCGAACAGUAGCAACAACCUGAACACCAAGACACGUCCCUAUCAGAUUACCAUUCAAGAGUAUCUCGACCGUAGACACUACCAGCCGAAAGCAAUAUUCGCCAGAUUCACAGGUGAGCGUAACAACUACAAUAUCAACGUGUGGCUGACAACAGAGGAGAAUGAAUAUCUCACGAUUGGAAUCGAAGAUAUCCUGCCGUUGAAUAGAUCAACCAUUGAAGCACUCAAGGAUAUCAAGAUGAUUGAGAAACUGGUGCAUCAACCAACCGAGAAGUUCUUCUCACAGGUUCUAGAGGAGAGUAAACAGCAUACUAUCAAUCAUUUGGUUUCGCUUGGCAUCGAUAUGGAUGCACAUCUGGGCGCUGAAAAAGUAUCACUUUUCGAUUUGGAAAAGUUGAAAUCGAUGCAUUCCAUUCUCCACCAGUUGUACACCAACCAGGAUCACCAGUUCUACAAGGAGUUGGAAGUGUUGAUGAAUGAAAAGAUUGAGCAUCAUCUCAAUCAAUUCGAUCACCGUUUGUUCUUUAUGCCAAAGUACGAGUCACACAUCUCUGAUCUCAAAGGUUCGCAUCACAUUGCGUUGGCGCGUAGCAAAAUCAAGCAGUUCCUAGGUGACUGUGAGCUGAUGUUGGAUCAACUAAAGAUUGAGAAGCGUGAUCUAAUGAACGGAACACUGAAAGACGAGAUGACAGAAUGGUGGUUGAAACGAGUUGAAGUGAGAACCAGUGAAUUUCUUAGUGAGCGUGGAUACAACUUUACUGCGGUGCCAGAGAACUACAUUGAGCAGCAACCACUCAACAUGAAAGAUGUAGUAAACAACUUGAUUCUCAUACAAAAAGUAAUGGAUCCAAAUGAGCAUGUCAUUGAGAUUAUUACGAUUGAGGAAUCACCUUCACCAUCUACCAGUACCAACAACUUGGCGACACUAUCAACAAGUAACGGUAGUGUUAGUAAUAAUAAUAAUAGUACAGAGAUGACUAUUUCAGUAAAUGAUUUAUCAUCAAGUACAGAAGAAUCUUCUAAGCAACAAGAUAGUUCAUCAACAACAACAACAACAAAUCAAGUUGAUCAAACAACAACAACGGCAGCACCAACAACACCACCAACAACAACAACAACAACUAGACCAUCUACACCAACACUCUUGAACAUCGAACGACCAACACUUACACUUUCCAACAAAUUCUUAAACUCACCGGUAAAUCUUAUCAAAGAGUUGAGAGAAGAGAUCUAUCCGAUUAUCGAUAAUUUCAUAAAGAAAGCACACAUUGUUCUUUGUGAACAUUUCAAUAUCGAUAUUGCAGAGUUCAACGUUGAAAAGGUGUCAGCUAUGUUGGCAGAGACUAGAGAUGCUACCGAUCCACAAAUCACCGUUUGGAUUGAAGAUAUGUUGUCCGAUUUAGGUUACCUAAGUGAAAUGAAGCGUUUGGAAGAUUCUAAAACCGAGAAAUCACUACAUAUCGUGCCAAUCGGUGGAUUGGUCAUGGGAACAUUUGCCAGACUCGAAAAUGAACUAAACACCGUCGUUGAACUUUGGGAUAAUCCUUCUGACGAGUCUUCUGAAGAUAUCUCUGAAGUCUUGGAUGCAUCGAUGACCUCCACUCAAGUAUUUAAAGUAACUCAAAAACGUAAACCAAAGACAUUAAACGAUGAAAAGUCUGAACUUCAUCUUGCUGUUUCAUCUGAGCAAUUAGAAUCAGUUGAAAAAGUAUUAGAAUAUGGAGAACAUUUAAUUAAUGAAAUAGAUGUAAAUGGUUGGACACCUUUACAUAGUGCAGCUUAUUCGGGUAAUGCAGAUAUUUGUAAGGUACUUUUGAAUGUUACAGGUGUAGAUGUAACGAUAAAGAAUAGAGAUGGUGCAUCUAUUCUUCAUUAUCUGGCUAGACAUCCUUUGACUGAGAAGAGAAGAGAGGUCAUCCUGUUGCUACUGCAACACGGUUUGGAUAUAAACAAUGGAAGUCGUCAUUGUGAGACACCGUUACACUCUGCUGCGUUCCGUGGAAACGACGAUGUCUGUAAGCUACUGCUUCAGAACGGUGCCAAUGUCAAUGCUCUGACCAAGGGUGGCGAGACUGCACUUCACUACGCCGUCACUGCCGGCAGACCAGCGGUUGUCUCUACACUGUUGCUCGCAGGUGCACUCAUCAACAUCAGCUCAAAGAGAGGUACACCACUGGAGAUUGCAACCAACGCCAAGAUUCCAACGAUCAUAUCGAUCCUAGAGAAUGGUCCAACCGAAGACAACUUCUCGUGGAGAAAGAAUAACAAAUUCCAAUUACAACAAAUUCAACAACAACAAAUUCAACAACAACAAUCACAGCAACAGCAACAACAACAACAAACAACACUUUCAAGUUCACCAACAAACAACAAUAACAUUGCUAAUAACAUUAUUUUGAAACCAACCAAAAGAAUAUGUAAAAUUGAAAUUGGAUCAAGAAAUAGAGCAACAACUACAACUUCAUAA